GCCCCCCGAGCCACCAGGCCGCUGUGUGCCCCACGGCCAUGCUGCUGCUCCUGCACCUGCUGCCUGCCAUGCUGCCCUCCGCCGCCCUGGCCAGCUGCACCGCGCCGGGGCCCGACCGGCAGCUCGUCCUGGCCAAGGUGCGGGCUCGGCUGCUGGAACACCUGAGUCCCCCCCUUCUCCAGGAGGAGCCACAGGUGGAAGCAAGGAGGCUACACCGGAGAGACGUCCUUGAAAACACCGAAGUGGAGCCAGAGGAGCUGGAGGACACCUCCCAGGUGAUCUUAUUCCCUGCCACAGAUGUUCCCUGUGAGCCCACACAGCCAGACAAGCUGCUGGAAGAAGAAGGGAUUUUCACCUACCUCUUCCAGCCCUCGGCACACACCUUGAGCCGUGUGGUGACUUCUGCCCAGCUCUGGUUUUACACGGGCCCCUCGGCUGCCCCCAACCACUCCACCCCUGACGUGCUGACCCUGUCACCUCAGGGCCGGGUGCCGGUGACGGCCAUGGCGGAGCGGACACCCGAGCACUGGACAGUGUUUCACUUGGCCCCGGCGCUGCUGCCCCAGCUCUGGCAGCCGCUCUUUGUGCUCCUGGUGCGCUGCCCUGGCUGCCCCUGCCUGGCCGAGGGGGACAAGGUGCCCUUCCUGGUGGCCACCACCCGGGCCAAGGGCAGUGAGAGGGCCCGUCGCUCUGCCAUGCCCUGGUCCCCAGCCGCCCUGAGCCUGCUGCAGCGUCCAUCCGAGGAGCUGGCUGCCCACACCAACUGUCGCCGGGCUUCCCUCAACAUCUCCUUCGAGGAGCUGGGCUGGGACAAGUGGAUCGUGCAUCCCAGCAGCUUUGUUUUCCACUACUGCCACGGGAGCUGCGCUGCAGGCCACGGGCUGAGCCACCGGCUGGGUGUGCAGCUGUGCUGUGCCGCCCUGCCCGGCACCAUGCGCUCCCUGCGCGUCCGCACCACCUCCGACGGCGGGUACUCCUUCAAGUACGAGACGGUGCCCAACAUCCUGGCCCAGGACUGCACCUGUGUCUAGGGCACCCUGCAGCCCGGCCCCGGAGCGUGAUCCCACCCAGGAGGAGUUGCUUUCCCAGUGGAACCCUGGCCACUGGGAUGGGGCAGUUUGGCUGUACCGCCCUCCCCUGCACAAGCCAGAUUUUUGGGCUGGCCCAGGUACCAUCACACUGCCAGACUUGCCCUAGGGCCAGUCCCAGCUCAGAGCAAAUCAGGGCGUGGUGGGGCAUGGAUAGGCACAGCCUAUGGCAAAGGCAUCACUGCCCUGCCAAAGCCAGGCUGCUGUCUGCAACCGGAUUAGCCCUCAUCUCUCCCCACCUGCUUUUCUCCUACCGUUCUGCACCCCCACAAAAAUUGGUGUCUUCCUCCUGCUGCAGAGUUCAACAGCUUCCCCUGUGCUCCAGGCAGGGCCAGGCUGCUGCAGCAGCAUCAGGAUGUGCCUGGGUGAGCCCAUGAACCUCACACUGGUGGCAGGGCUGGUAGCACACAUGGCUCCACAAGUGAGCCCUCUCACAGCAGCACAGCUUGUUGGAAAGCUUAAUGGGAUGAGGGAAAUAAACCUGUUCCCUUUACUAAAGCAGCCUGGAAACGCCAGUUUCUGUCUAGAUGGAGAAAUGAGGGGAUGGGCAAAUACUGUUAGAGGCAUCCUGCUCUGAUUUGGGGUACCAGAGAGGGGACUGGAGUAUGCUGGCCAAAAUGGGCAUGGUGUGGCUGGGUUUGAUCCUGCCCCAGCAGGGGUGUGCAGAGCGGAGCAACAUCCCUUCUGCUCUGGGCAACAGCUUGUGCAGGAACAGUGGAAGCGGAUGGCUGGGGAGACGUGGGGAUGGUGGGAGGAUGGGGAGGCAGAGGAAAGCCCCUGACCUGGCCCCUUGGCAAUGAUAGAGCCAAAGAGGAACGUGGCCAGUGCAAUCCCUCUCCAGCAGGAUGAUGACGGCUGCCCCGGCCGCAGCCGCCUCCUCACGGCAGGAACAACUGAGUCACCCUGGGCAGCAGGGAGGUCCCAAGGCACGCACGGCAGCGCCAGCCCAGACGUACAGGAUUCCCUUCCCACCCCUUCCUCCCAAAUGAGCGGAUACAGCAGUUCAGUACAAAACGU